GAUGUUCGCUCAGAAGUUAUCAAUUUUCUCGAUUUUCCCGAUCAAUUUUGAGUGAAAAAUCCGUGAAAAUCCUUAAAUUUUGGUGACUCAAGCGACUCCGCCGCCAAGAUGGCCAACAUUUCGAUGCAGGACAUCGAAGCGGUCGACGAUUACUGGGGGCCCACGUUCCGCACCAUUUUGGAGGGCAACUCGCACGACCAGAUCUCGGAACAGCUCGAGAGCCGGAUAAAAUCGCACGACAAGGACAUUGAGCGGAUUUGCAACCUGUACUACCAGGGCUUUAUCGAUUCGAUCCGGGAGCUGCUGCUGGUCAAGUCGCAGGCGCAAGGGUUGAACCAGGAGGUCAAGAGCUUGGACGAGGGUCUGGCGAGGGCGUCGGCUGGGGUGAUUGCGAGGGGGAAUGAGCUGGUGAAGGCCCGGAAGGUGGAGGGGAACAUUGCGGGGGCGAUCGAGGGUUUGUCGAGCUGUUUGCCGGUGUUGGAGUGUUAUUCCAAGUUGCUGCGGCAGGUUCGGGAGAAGCGGUACUAUCCGGCGCUGAAAACGCUGGAGGUGCUGGAGAAUGAGUAUUUGCCGAAGGUUUCGGGGUAUCGGUUCUCGCAGCAGAUGCGGGAGACGAUUCCGCGGUUGAAGGAGAACAUAAAGAAGUCGUCGGAGGAGGAUUUCCGGGAGUUUUUGGAGAAUAUUCGCAAGUUUUCGCCGAGGAUUGGGGAGAUUGCAAUGAAGCACACGAAGGAACUGCAGAAGCGGGACUUGGAAACGAUCAUCGCGGAGUACAAGCAGAUGGCGUUGAACGGGGAGUGCGUGGAUGAUGACGAGGAGGACGUGAACGCACAGGAUCUGAUUGAUUUUUCGCCGAUUUAUCGCUGUUUGCACAUUUACACGGUGUUGAACGAUAAGGAGUAUUUUGAGAAGGACUAUCGGAAGCAACGCCGUGACCAGGCCAAGUUGGUGCUGCAGGCUCCGCAGACGAUGCACGACAACUUGGAAGCGUACAAAACGUACAUCUAUUCGAUCGUGGGGUUCUUCGUGGUGGAAGAUCACGUCAUGAACACCGGCGGGGAGAUCGUCACCCAGACGUACUUGGACGAUUUGUGGUCUUCGUCGCUGACGCGCGCCGUCAACGUGCUGAGCAUGUCCUCGUCGUCGUGCACGGACCCGAACAUUCUGUUGCGCAUCAAGAACCUCAUCAUGUUGAGCAUCACGACGCUGAAGAACUACGGUUACACCGUGUCGCAACUGUGGGAUUUGCUGCUGGAGAUGCGCGACCACUACAACGAGGUGCUGCUGCAGCGCUGGGUCAACGAGUUCCGGGAGAUUCUGGACCGGAGUGACUUUUUGCCGCUGGAGGCGCACACCCAGGAGGAGUACGACGCCGUGCUGGAGCGGUUCCCGUUCCAUUCGGAGCAGCUGGAGGCGCAACCCUUCCCGAAGAAGUUUCCCUUCUCGCGGAUGGUGCCGGAGGUGUACCACCAGGCGAUGGAGUUUAUGUACGCGUGCAUGAAGUUCUCGGAGGAGUUGACGCUUUCGCCGAACGAGAUCGCCGCGAUGGUGCGCAAGGCGGCCAAUCUGUUGUUGACGCGCAGCUUCAGCGGCUGCCUGUCGGCCGUGUUCCGCAGUCCGAGCUUGGCGUUGAUGCAGGUCAUCCAGAUCAUCAUCGACACGCAGUAUCUGGAGAAGGCGGGCCCGUUUUUGGACAGUUUCGUGUGCAAGAUGACGGGCACGAGCCAAAGUUUGACGCAGACGCCGUCGGCCAUGUUCCAGGUGGCGCGGUCCGAGGCGGAACAGCAGGUCGCGACCAAGUUGUGCUCCAAGCUGGACGAGUUCUUCGAGGAGUUGGAGGGGUACGAUUGGUUGCUGCCGGAGAGUUACGGGCACGCGUCGCCGUUCGUCACCGACAUGAUCGCGUUUCUGCAGAGUACUUUCCAGAGUUUUUCGUACAUUUUGCCGGGGGUGGCGCAGGCGGCCUGUCGGAAGGCGUGCGAACACGUGGCCACCCGGAUCUACCGGUUGAUUCUGUCGGACGAAAUCAAGCAGAUCUCCGGCGGAGCGCUCGAUCAGAUCAACCUGGAUUUGAUGCAGUUUGAGCUGUUUGCCGCGUCGGAUCCGGUUCCGGGACUGCGCGAGGGCGAUUUGUCCAAGUACUUUGCGGAAAUUCGACAGCUGCUGGAUCUACUCAUCUCCGAGGACUGGAGCGCGUACUUGCACGACUUUGGCAAGGACGAGAACCGCUACUCGCUCGUCCAUCCGUCGACGAUCAUCGUGGUGCUGGAGAAGCUGCGCGAAGCGGACAAGAAAUCGAUGCUGUCGCUGAUGAAGUCCAAGUCCGAGCGGGACAAAAAGAAGCUGCUGGAGACGGUGCUGCGCCAGCUAAAACAGCUGGCCGAGCGACAGAACUAGGACGGAGUUUCGGACAUUGACGAAGCGUUACAGUUGAACGAUUAUUAUUGUAUUUAUUAUGCGUAUUCCAUUGAAUAAAAGUUAAAUCCCUUAAUCUUA